AAAACAUUAAUAAUACUACUUAAAUGUUGGCUCACUAUGGUAUUUGAGGAGCCAACAUGAUGCUACAGCUGCUACUAUUCUGCCUGGUGCUCUUCAUCAACGUCUACUGGAUCUUGCCCACGGUUAUUAGCUGGUAUUUGGUCAAGAGGUUUCGGGUCAAAGUGCGGAUCGGCCGCAUUUCGCUGCCCUACUUGUCGCUGCGGAAUGUGCACAUCAGCAAGAGCGGCUUCUCGGUGCAAAUCGAGGAGGUGUGUCUGCGCAGCAGUUUCUUCACCACCGAGGUGACCAAGCUGCUCUCUAUUUACAUCCGGGAUAUCCGCAUCAACAAGGACAUCCAUAGUCGGCAGGAUGACACGGAGGACUUCUAUGAACUGCGGCGAACGCAGACGGCGAAGACGAAGGGAGUGCCAGACUUCCGGCAAACCAAAGUGCCGGCCAGCAUCAUCACCUUUGCCCAGUUCAUGGCGGUGCAUGUGAACAACAUAUCAGUGGUCCUGAUGAACAACGACUUUGAUCCCGGCUGGUUUAUCCAUGCCACCGCCAAGGAGCUUCAUCUGGACGGGAGCAUCGUGCAGAAUGCUCGUGUGCUGCUGGUGAAUGCGGCGCUCAGCGAGGCGCAGGCCAAGAUGCUGAGGCACUGCAGCUCGCGGCGACAGUCGCUGGAGAAUCUAAACAAGAUUCGACCCUGCCUCGGCGAGGUCAGCUUCGAUAUGACCCUGGAUGCCUCGCUCUUUGCCCAGGGUCCGCUGUCCAUGGAUACCCUUAGUCUCGUCAUCAACAAUGCCAAAUCCGUCAUCCACGGCGGACUGUACGAGUUCCUUAGCGAGGCCAAGCGAAGGACAUCGACUGGUCAGCAGUCGCGGCGUUCCACGCAGCCUUUGGCUUCCUCCAAGAGGACCUACGACAAUGACAACUACGAGAAGCUGGCGCCGAUUAUACCAAAGAACUUUAAUUUUAGCAUCAAGGCGGCCACCUUUUCGGCCGUCAAAGAGAACUCACAGAACGAUUUUAGUGCCAAGCUGCAGUCGUUUCAGAUCUCGGGCAAGUUUAACUCGAAAGUCACGGAUGAAAAGACGCUGCUACCUUCGAUGCUGGCCAAACUGGGCUUUCACCAUUUGGACAUUGAUACCAAAUAUGAAAAGCUGCUCUUUGUAGAACAAUUCACCAUAGACUCGGUGCUGGAAAAAGACAUCUUUAAUCUUUAUGUAAAGCUCAAGACAUUCCAAAUCAUCUAUAACCACAGCGAGAUCUAUGAUUUUGUUAAUAACAAUUUCCUGGCGCGCCAGCGCUCCAGCGGAUCGCAGCCAAUGCAGCUGAUACACAAGCAGAAAUCUCUGCCGGACAGCUUGCAUAUGGAAAUGGUAGCAGAGAGCAAUUUACUGCGUGGUAGUCAUCGCCGGGAGGGCGGAGUUCUCGAGUGGAUUAUGCAGAGGAUAGUAGUCAAGGGCUGUGCAGAGCUGUUCAAUGUCUCACUCCUGAUGAAACUGGAGGAUGAGCACAUCGCCAUGAGUGUCAGCCACACGAGGUUUCUGCUCGAGCAAAUCGAGGAGAAGCGGAGUAACCUAUAUGAGAACAAGUUCCUCAACUUGCUGUUGAAUCAACGUCAGUGGAGCAUGGAGCUCAUGGUGGAGACGCUGUGGUCAAAUCUGGGCAACUCCAUCAACGAUACGAAUAACCUGAAGAAGACUCAUUCUCCCGGUUCUCCCUUUUUCCUCGGAGUGAGCUUGGUUAAGCUCUGCUCCUAUGCAAACACCACUAAGUUGGACAUCUCCGUGCACACUUUCCGCACGGAAUACAGCAUGCAACUAGCGGAAUUUGUGGUCAAGUCAAUGGAGUGUUUGCGGCAGUACCGGGGCAUCAAACCAAAGAACGUUUCAGGACAGACCAGGCCAAAUCUUACGGUCAACGUGCAGCCAUCAUCACAAUCAUCUACCUCACUGCGAGUGUCUGUUAAGGUCAAGGAUAUUACGGCCUACUUUGUUAAUCAUCACAACGUUUACACGCUGCUCAGUUUCUCAGAGUUAAAUCUUUCGAGGUCUCAGAACUUGACUACUCUAAAGCUCGAGGAGUUCCAAAUGGCCAUCAUGCGUUCGAUGACCGCCUCUUCACUUUGUCUCACGGACUUUUCGGACGUGUUUGCCACCUGCAAAAUGAUACGUUUGGAGCACGAACAAGUGGAGGGCUCAAUGGGCAAGCUGUCCAUUUAUAUACCCGGUGAUACGGAGGCCACGUGGAAUGCCAAUUUGCACAUGCACUUGUUAACUUUGGUGAGGGAUAUGCAAGACUUGAAAACGGAGUUGGCAAUUCCAGCUUCGCCUGUGAAGAAAACCGUUCCCAGAGGAGCACUCGUGGUGGAAUUGUCGGCCGAAAGGCGCACCAUCUUUGAGAUUAAGUUCUCCGAUCGUCACUCUAUUCAAAUAUUUUUAGAGAGCCUCUUCUUCAGUCGCAAGGAACGAUGUAUGAUCUAUGCGGAGAAUGUCUUCGUCAAGAUCGACGAUCAGCACAUAUUUACAGUCAAGGAAUUGGAUCUGCAGUCGGUGCCGCGCUUGGAGGUGCUCACCCAAGAGCGGCAAAACUUUCCCGGCUUUCAGCUGGCCUCCAACAAGGUGUGGGUCACCACCAUUGGUUCUUUUAAGGCCAUUUUCCCCUAUGAUCACGACUUUUAUAACGCCGUCAAUGGCGAGUGCACCUCGCACUUUAAGUGGCUGAAACAGGUGCACAACUACAAGAAGAAACCGUUUACAGUGGACUCGCCGCUGCCCUGUGAUUUGGUGAUCAAGAUCAAGGAGUUCCUGCUGGAGAUCAGCGACGAUCCCUUUGAAGUCAAGCUACGUGAUAAUUAUGUCCUAUUGGUGGAUGAAUAUCUGGAGAGUUUGAAGCGCAAGGCGCUGUUCGACAAGAAGAUCGGUGAGCUCUGCUCGGAGCGUCUUUUGUUGCCUUCCGGAACGAUUGAGGGUCUCUAUGCCAAUCUGGUGAAGAAGAACUCGGAGAUCUACAUACAGCGAUCGAAGAAGAUUCGCGAAAGUGGCCCUGUUCGCACCCGAUUGCUGGCCUGGAUCAUGACGGACGUUAAUAUCAUGGCCAUGGCGGAUACCUCCAUCCAUGGCUAUGACAAUGUGACGCGUAUAAUGCGCGAGAUCGAUCACGAGAGUCCCUGGCCGGAGGAGGGACUGGAGUUUUCUACCUUGUGGUGCCGCGGAGUCAACAUCAGCUGCACCGAAUGGAAGUUCAUGUUGAGGGACUUUCCGCAACCCAUGUUCUGUGUGAAGAGCAUGCGGCUGUACGGCAAUCUUUGUGGAGCCGAGCAAAUGGGCUCCAAGCGAGCCAAGCGCGACGUCUUUAUUGAGGUGGGCGAACCCUUUGGCACCGAUGUCAUCCAACGCAGCAUGCCUUCGCUCAAGUUCUACCAUGACUUUGACUGCGAACUGGAGAGCUGUAGCUACGCCUUCGGCGCCUGCUGGGAACCUGUGAUGGCCCAGUGCAAUUUGAGCUUUGAGAAGAUCUCGGCUCCAUCGAAGGAUCCCUCGCCUCCGCUGCCGUUUUGGGAUAAGCUGCGUUUACUUCUGCAUGGUCGGUUAACUCUGAUAGCCAAGCAGUUUACUAUAUUGCUCCAUGCCUCGCUGGAUCCUUAUAAUACCACCGAGGAAAUGGAGUUGACGUGGAAUAAUUGUGGAAUUGUUUUGACCAAUGCAAAGAUUAUGUUUAAAGGAGAACUCAAUGUGACGGUGCGAACAGCUUCGCGAUACGACGAUUGCCGGCUGCUGCAUUUUCCCAAUCUCAAGUUGACAAUCAAACUGAAGUGGGUUUGCCUAGCUAAUCCCAAUGACCACCAUGCCGUGAUGCCCUGUGCGCCGGACAAGCUGCCGGAGUACUCGAGUAACCAAGUGCACGAUUCUUUCCGCGCCUUCCGCUCGCUUAAUCUUAAUAUUUGGAUUUCCUUUGAAACUAAACCCAAGGCGGGCGAGGAUUUGGAGGUGGAUAUACCCAGUCUGGUGCUGUACGGCAGCACUUUGAGAUGGUUUGAGAGCCUGCAGCUCAUUCUUUCGGGCGUGACGAGGCCCACAAGACGAGGACCAGUCUUCAAUAAUGUGCGACCCAGAAAGAAGCCGCUGAGUCGUCACUACAAGAAGGCCAACCUGCAGAUGUGCCUGCACAAGUUCCAGGUGCUCUACUGGAUGUCGCAUGCUUUGCAAAAGGGUUUCCAGUUGAAUGGCCGCCGUGUGUCCUUCAGUUCCGAGCACUCGCUGACCCUGAAUCCCAUUGACGAUGGUUUGAUUCAUAGGCCACGAGCGGAUUGGUCAACGAUCUAUAUGAACUGUGAGCUCAACGAUGCCGAAAUCUGGCUGAAGAGCAUUCUCACCGAGAAGAUGGACAGCAGUUCCGAGAACCUGGCCAGUGCAGCGGAUGCCUUUAAGAUCGUGCGAUUCUAUUUCCUAAGCGUGGCCAAGGUUUCCUACGGACGCGAGGCACUGAUACCCACGACGGCCACGAGCACGGAGGAGGAUGUCAAGGCGCAGUCCACGACGCCCACGCACAAGUUGGUGGUCUACGAUCUGAAGGGAGCCUGGACGAAGAGCAAUCGGGAUGUGGCCUUUGCCCUUUUCGAUUCCUUCAUGAAGUCGCAGAAACUGAAGAACAAUCUGUCGACGGAGGCGGUGAAAAGCUAUCGCAAAGAGGGUCCCAGUUCGGCUGUGCUAAAGCAUAAGCGAAGUGAUAGCACCAUUACCUUGUCCAGCACUACGAGCGAGGUCUUGCCAAUUUCCAAUCCGAAUGCCUCGCUGAAGAAGGCGCCCGCGCAGAUCCAUGCCACGGCCAUGUUGCAGCAGCUCAUCGCGGAGGCGGAUCACAAGUUCAAUGUGUAUAGCGAUGAUCAUAGCACCCAGUCCAGGGAAUUGCAGCUCCAGGGGCUGCAGGCCUGUUCCGCCCAGGAUAUAAUCCACGAGAACUGGUCGAUUAGUCUGGUCAACUCGCAGGUGCUCCUCAAAGGUUGUGAGACAUCGGGCUAUGUGAUCAUCAGUGCUGCCAAGGCGGAGAUCCUGCAGCGGGAGCACCGUCCCGUUUGGCGCGAACGCUCGCUGAUCUCGAAAACCACCUGGAAGGGAUUGCUCGAGUGCAUGCAGUACUAUGCGACAGUUAGCGCCGGGGAUAAUAAUUCCCUGUUGGAAAAGGAAAUCAUGUGGCUGACGGUGGACAAUAUACAGGACAAGGACGAGACGGUGAUCAACAAUCUGCCGGACAUCUCGCAUCUGGUGGGCAGUGGACGCAGUGUGGGCGGUGUGGUGUCCGAAACUGUGGGUGCCUUCCUCAGCGACAAUUCUGGCGAGGCACAGCCCGUCCAACUGCAGCGCAUUGUGUCCAAGUGCAAGUGCGAGUUCUUCUACGUGAGCUACGGCGAUGCCAUCGAUCCAAAUAGCAUUACAGAGGUGCCUCCUCCUCCCUCGGAGGAGCUACAAUCGCCGUGGGAAAAGCAAGACGAUCCCGUGGAUGCCUUCACGCUGAUGCAUCACGAUCUGGAUGUGUGCACCAAUUCGCUGCAGUACGCCAUGAUCCUGGAUAUUGUAAACAAUCUCCUGCUCUAUGUGGAGCCGCAGCGAAAGCAGGCGGCCGAGAAGCUCACGAGGAUGCGCUUCCAGCUGCAGCUGCACUCGACGGAGGAUCAGAAGCGACCCAUUCAGCAGAAGCAGACGGUUAUCCGCAGUUUGCUGAUGAAGAUUCGCUCGCUGGAGAAGGACACCCAUAUGAUUAGCAAGGAGCGGAUCGAGGAUGGUGACUCUCUGGAGCUGCGGCAGGAAUACGAUCACGUUCAGCAGAUGAUCCGCGAGAGCAAGGAGGAGUUGAACACGUUUAGCGAGGAUCUGGACAUGAUGUUGCUGUGCUACAAGGAAACCCAGUUGUCGCAGCUUAGUAAAAUAUUAAACGUUCGCUCGGAUGAGUCGGUGACCAUGGUGCGUACGAAUGAGAUCUGCUUUAAGCGUGCCCAGUGGCGACUCACCGAAACGGAUGGUCAGAUUGGCAUAGCUGAUUUGGUACUGAGUGCCUUUCUGUACACCAAAAAGUCCAAGAGCGACGACUCGGUGGAGCAUCUCUUAGAACUAGGCAACAUUCGCAUGGAGAACCUUUUGCCGCGCGAAAUCUAUCGCGAUGUCCUGCUGGCCACCGAAAUCCAAAAGGACAUGCCGGUGGACACCCACAAGCGGGUGCUGCGCAUCUUUUGCCGCGAGAAGGCUCCCGUGGGCGGAAUAUCGGUGAAGGAGCACUUCGAGAUCAAUGUGGCGCCCAUUACGAUUGCCAUCACGAAGAAGUUCUACAGCACAAUGCUGAAGUUCUGCUUCCCCGAUCGCGAUGCCUCCGAAACGGAAGUCAGCGACGAACUGGACGACAAUGCUUCAACUAGCUCCGCUUCUACCACGAAUUUACAGGCCAAGCCUUCCAGCUCAUCGUCCUCGUCGACCAAACGCUCUGGAAAGGGCAAGAAGGGCGCCAAGGACUCGGAAUUCUAUGUGAAGAUCGAAAAGGAUGAUGUGGAGAAGAUGAAGGAGCGGGCGGAGAAAAACAAGCUCUUUAUCUACAUCAAGAUACCCGAAGUUCCCGUGCGCGUCAGCUACAAGGGCAACAAGGAGAAGAAUCUGGAGGACAUCACAGACUACUCACUAGUCAUACCAACGCUGGAGUAUCACAAUGUCACUUGGACCUGGUUGGAUCUGCUGCUGGCCAUGAAAUCGGUCAGCCGGCGGGUGAUCUUCUCGCAGGCCAUCAAACAGAAGCUUCAUAUCCACCAGCGGCAACCGAUUCUGUCCGCUGGAGAAAGAGCCACGCCGCAGGAGGCAGAGGACAAGGCUGUGAUGCUGUUCGGAAAUCGGUUAUUAAAUGAAAACCGUAAUCAGAAAAAGGGAGUCUUCAAGUUUGCUUCGGGCAGCAAGAGGUCCGGAAAUGAUUAA